UUUAAUCAAUUAUUUACCAGAGAAAUAUUUUCAAAUGGAUAAACCACUGAAUAAGGUAAUUCGUGUAAAAUCCAAUUCGAAAAAAAGUAUGCAAUUUAUUCCAAAAUUUGUAGAAUAAUGAGUCGAGCAUUUCAACAACUGGUACAACUGGCUCACCACAGUUUUCCGACACGCUGGAGAACAACGUGAAGUACAUGAAUUUAAAUUUCGUAGACAACUCGGAGUCCUCGAGUCAGGCAAAAGACGCAGGCAUUGAAUACCAAAAAUUGCCACAAAUAUUUGAUGGUGGGGCACCAAAGACUACCAAACCACCGCCCAGCAAGAUACUACCAUCCAAUAUUCCUUUACCGGGUAAACAUGACAGCAAAAAGCCUAAACCUGUUUGCACGCUCAAGGAGAAGUCCCUCCUCGAAAUGGGUUUUAAAACAAAUGAGAUACAGGGCUGGGAAGAGAUUGUCCAGCCGCCCAAGGAAAAUCUCUAUAAAUUGCUACGCAAUAUGAUUGAUAAUCACAGAAAACCGAAUGUGCAGAUACGCAUCGGCGGCGUUACCUUCAAUUGCCACAUGAUGGUGCUGCAGUGUUAUUCGGAUUUCUUCAUGGAAUGCAACAACGAGGUACUGAUACAAUUGCCAGAGGAAAAGAUAACACCCGGCGCUUUCAUGAUGGUCUACGACUGGAUGCUAGCCGAGGAGCCUUUGGUGCAGCGUGAGGGUAUAUUGGAGCUCUUCAAUGCAGCCAAUUUUCUACGCAUCAAAGACCUAGUGAACCAGUGUUGGCUCUGCUUGGACGAUGAUGUACGCUUCCGUGAAGACACUGCAUUCCUACUCUAUUUAGAGGCCCGCAACUAUGGACUUGAGAGCUUAGAGCAAUUGAUGCUAACAAGAAUUUGCAAAUUUUUCCUCACACUUGUCGCUUCGAAGGAAUUUAUGGAGUUGACUACCAAGGAGAUUUGUAUGCUAUUGAGCUCCAAUACGAUCGGCGUGAACUCGGAGAUUGAGAUUUUUAUGUCGGUUGUGCGCUGGCUUAACUACAAUUGGGAGGAACGUGAGCCCGAUAUGUUGCAAGUGGUCAAGUGUGUACGCUUCAGCUUGAUGCCGCCGUGGUUUCUUGUGACGUUGAAUAAGAAUAUCGAUUGCGUCGAAAUCGAUCGCAUUGCUAGCCAUCCGGAAGUGAAACGCAUGAUCAACGAUGGCAUAUCUUACACAACGACUCAGCUAUAUUAUGGCGAAAAUCGCGAAGAAUUUCUGCAUUUCUUGGAACGUUAUCAGCUGGUUGCACCGGUUCAACGUCAAUGGGUUUUCGACAAGGAAUGCAGCUAUCAUCAUCGCCUCGAAUGCCCCAAUAUGCAGUAUGUGACGUACAAAUCAUUUCUAGAAUAUCUCGAAAUGAUACACACCAUCGGCAAAGACUACUGGCGUUCACUCGAAAUGGCGAAAGGGGUGGAGAAGUCGAUGCAGUGUUGCGUACGCUCCGAGUGUCGAAAAUUGAACAAAGUGAACGAACAAAAUUUAGUACGUUAACGUUUUUUUUUUGCUUAUUGCUCCUCAUUUACAACACAAAAUCGCCAAUUCACCUUUUUUGGAUGACUUUACUUAACAAAAAUGUAUGUGUGUCGGCACAUAUUUAUAUAGUUCUAGUCACACAAA